CAUUCGAAGAAGUGGAUCUCUCCAGUCCCUGCUCUCCGCACAUCCGCAUCUUCGCAUCUUCGCAUCUUCGCAACUCCGCAUCCGCAUUCGAAUUCGCAUCCGCAUAUCCGCGCGUCCACUUCUCGCUGCCUGCCGCGCGUGUAUGCGUGCGUGUGUGUGUGUGUGUGUUUUUGGCUCGAUUCGAUUGUACCGCAAAAUAGCAUGUGCAUAUGCCAUACGCCUGUGUUUGUAUGUGCAUGUGCGCCCAGUGAACGACCAACUUUUUUAAUAUCGAGCGAAAUGAAACAAAAAUAAAUGCACGUCGGCAUGAAAACAACAAGAGAAACAAAUAGAAAUACCAGUCAAACAGUGAAUUCAACCAUCUGAAUUUAAUAACUUUUUGGAAACGACACCCCAAACAUUUUUUUAAAUGGCAAACCUGUGACAAAGUGAACAGCAAUUAACACAACAACAGCAACAAACCAAAAUACACUGCAAUAAACAUAGGCAACUUGCUGCCAAAGUAGCAAAAGCAAAAGAACCACCAUCACAUCAUCGCACCAUAGCAACUCAGAUCCACCACAGACGACGACAUGGAGCACAUAAUGAAUCCGUUCAUGUCACCGGCUUAUCUGCUGGGCCAUGCCCCACAUCCCCACCAGCAUGUGCACUCCCAUGUGGGGCAAUCGCAUCCCAGCCAGCAGCCGCAUGCCGCCUCCUCGCCAGCCAGCUCACCCGGCGGAUCCAGUGGCUCCGGAUCGGGGGGAUCGGGCUCUGGCUCGGGAUCCUCCCUGAAGCCACGUCGCUGGGGCUCACCGCCCAUCAACCUGGCCGGCCAGUUCAUCAAUCCGGCGACGGGCAAGAAGCGGGUGCAGUGCUCCAUAUGCUUCAAGACCUUCUGCGACAAGGGCGCCCUCAAGAUUCACUUUUCGGCGGUGCAUCUGCGCGAGAUGCACAAGUGCACCGUGGAGGGUUGCAACAUGGUGUUCAGCUCGAGGCGUUCGAGGAAUCGCCAUAGCGCCAAUCCGAAUCCCAAGCUCCAUUCGCCGCACAUCCGGCGCAAGAUCUCGCCGCACGAUGGCCGGACGGCCCAGCAGUUUCCGGUCUUCUCGCCGAGCACAGCUGCCGCAGCGGCCGCCGUCGCCGGACGACUUCCGGUGGCCUUUCCUGGACUCCUGCCACCACCACCGCCGCAUCAUGGCCAUCAUCCGUAUGUGAUGUUUGGCGGACAGGCAGCGGGCUUGCAUGGCCUGGGCCUGCUCUCCUCCUCCUCCUCGUCGGGCUGCCAGGAUACGGACUCCGGUUCGGUGGACAAUGAGCAGGAGGCCGAUCCGGAGGAUGAGGGCGACUUUGUGUAUGUGGACAUGCAGGCAAAUAGCUCCAGUCCGGCGGCCUCUAGCGAGGAUCAUGAGGAGGACAACGAGCAUGAGCAUGAGCAAAUCGAGGAUCAGGAUGAGGAGAUGCACUGCAGCCUAAGCCUGGCCAGCAGUAGUAGCACCACUGCCGCCGAUGAAGAGCGGGCUGAUCAGCCUUUGGACUUUAGCCUGCACAAGCGACGCAAGUCCGAGCAGGAUCAGGAAUCAGUGGAAAAGGAGCAGGACAGGGAACGAGAGGAGGAACAGGAUCUGGAGGAGGAAAGGGAGCAGGAACAGGAGCUGGAGCGCGAGAAGCGCUCUCCCAGUGAUGCCUUCUCCAUGGACCAGCUGUUGGGCAAGCGGAAGCGCCACGACAGCAACGCCUCCAGUUCCGCUGGAUCCACCACAAACGCCGCCGCCUCCUCCACCGCUGCCGCCGCUGCCAGGUCCUCCUCCUCCCCCAAUUCCAGCAUAAAUCUCCCCCAGACGAGCAUCAAAAUGGAACUGGAUCUGGAGAGUGACAAUGCCUACUUGUCCAGCCGGCGGCCAAUGCUGCCGCUGCCCGUUUUGGACCUGGAUGAGCGGCACCACUUGCGUCUCCUGCAGACCCAGAUGUUUGCCGCCGCAGCCGCCGCGGCUGCCUCCAGCCAGGCGCCACCACCCACCGCCUUCCUGCCGGCCGGUUCACCCGUCGAUCUGGCCAAGGACUCGCCGCCCAUGUGGAGCCUCCUGUCCGAGGUGUACCGCUCCAUGCUGCUGAAGACGCAGCACCAGCAGUACAGCCAACACCACCACCACCAGCAGCAGCAGCUACAGCAGCACCACCACCAGCAGGAGCAGCUGCACCACCACCUGACCCUCAGUCACCACCACUUGAACCACCACCAGGAGCAGGCGCUCAACCAUCAUCUGGGUCACCAUCAGCACCACCAACAGCAGCCGCAGCAACAGUCGCCGGCGGCCACGAAUGCGCCGAUUUCCGUCUAAUCUCUGGAUGGCAAAUUCUAGAGAUUCCAUCGCUGCAGCGAUUUCUAGAUGAUUUCCUUAGUCAAAUUUGUUUUUCUUUCUUUUUUUUUUUUGUAUCUUAAGAGGAAUACAUUGGAUGUUGGGGUGCUGGUUGGGAGGAGUAGGUGGUGGUGGGGCCGUGCCAAAGCUGGACCAUUAAAUGGCUGGCACUCCUCCUCAGGCACGACCCUGCCACGCCCACCUGCCGCCUACGCCCGCCCCUCCAAACUGAAAGAAAAAAAAGAAACUGGAAUUGCUCCGAAACUAAGCUUUUUCUGCUCGUACAUGUGUUAUAUGGAAUUUUUUUUGAACCCUAUGUAUAAUGUAUAAUGUAUACCGUAGUGCGACAUCUAAGUGUAUAGUAUUCAAUCCGUUCCUCAGUGAGUGUUUGAUGAGUAAAUGUGAAUGUAUGAAUGAGUGUGCGAAUGUGUGCGUAUAGGAUUGCGAGAUCCACAUAGUCUGUCAUCUGAGAAAAGCGGGCUGGGCAGUGCAGAAGCGGGGUUUCAAGGAACGGAUUCGGUUUCCCUGCCCCCUCGAUCGAUCGGUGUACAACGAAGUAUUUGAUAUUUAUAACGAAAUAUAUAUUAUGAAUGCAUAUAUUAAAUAGUUUUAAGACAAUUUUUUUCGUAGCCAAUAAAAACUAUGUAUUGUAUAACUUGGAUGUACUAACACAGCAAGCGAAUUCUAUUGAAACAUAUCCCGUGUGUUAAAAAGAAA